AUGUUGCUUCGUUCAAUUCUUUCAAGUUUGCUGAAAAAUGAAGGCUUCCCCAGUAUCUGGGUUUGUAGAAAUGGAGUAACCACUCUCGCAAGCGCAGAAAACUCAUUUUCUCCAUCCGUUUCGGGAGAAGAAACGCUACAAAAAGGGUAUGUUUUAUCCUACCUUCUAAAUUCAUGUGGAUUGUCACCGGAAAAGGCGAUUUCCGCUUCUAAAUUUGUUCAAUUUGACGCCCCUGAUAAACCCAUCGCUGUUCUCAAAUUCCUCGAAAAACAAGGGUUUACUAGAUCCCAAAUCGCCAAUUUAGUCGCAAAAUUUCCUGCGGUUUUAGUAUACGAUCCUCAAAUGUCCCUCUCUCCCAAGUUCGAAUUUCUGCGCUCCACCGGAAUUUCUGAACUGGAAAUUCCCACCAUUGUGUCGAGAUACCCCGACUUACUAACCAGAUCGUUCAAACGUAGAGUAGCACCUGUUUAUAACUACAUUAAGGGCAUAAUUGGUGCUGCUAAUGCUAAUACUCUUCUAAGGAGAGGGUCUUGGAUUUUUAAUCUUGAUAUUGAGAGUAGGAUUGUACCAAAUGUGGAUUUGUUGAGGGAGGUAGGUGUGCCCCAAGAUCGUGUCGAGUUGAAGAGAGUUGCUGAUGAGGUGAAGCAGUUAGGGUUUGAUCCGUUGAAGUCGACCUUCAUAUUGGCAAUAAAUGCGCGAAAGGGGGAAGGAAGUGUAUGGGACAAAUGCAAUGGAGUUUAUAGUAAAUGGGGCUGGUGGGAGGAUGAUAUUCGAAUGGCAUUUAAGAAGCAUCCCUCUUGUAUGCUUUUAUCCGAGAAGAAGAUAUCAGCAGCUAUGGAUUUUCUAGUUAACAAGAUAGGUCGGGAGUCGAGAGUGAUUGCAAAGUCUCCGCAAGUUCUUUUCUAUAGCCUGAAGGAGAGGAUAGUUCCUAGGUGCUCCGUUGUUCGUCUUUGGUUGAGAAAGAUUGGAACUUGAGCAGUGUGCUUUCUC